GACAGUCGCUUGUAGCUAAAGUCAUGGCGCUGCUCAAACAAAGCUGUUGUGUCGCCGGACGUUUCUCCACAAAUCAUCUGUGGAUGAGUCCGAGAUGUAUCACACAUGUUUACAGCAGCACUGUGACUUCUGCGGCAAAGUCCUCCCCAGACAGGGCCGACAGAAAGAAGGAGCUUCUGGGUGAAGAUGGGCCUGACCUACAGGACUUCAUUUCAGGGGAAUUAUCCGAGAAAAGCAAGUGGAUCGAGUACAAAGGGAACCUGAAGAGAGACAAGGGAGCGAGGCUGCGUCUUCCUCCGUGGCUGAAGACGGAGAUUCCCAUUGGAAAAAAUUUCAACAAACUGAAGAACACUCUGAGAGACCUCAACCUGCACACAGUGUGUGAGGAGGCCAGGUGUCCUAACAUUGGGGAGUGCUGGGGAGGAGGAGAGUACAACACAGCCACAGCCACCAUCAUGCUGAUGGGAGACACGUGUACCCGGGGGUGCAGGUUCUGCUCUGUGAAGACGGCCCGGCGGCCUCCACCUCUGGACCCCAACGAGCCCUACAACACAGCCAAGGCCAUCGCUGCCUGGGGACUUGACUACGUGGUCCUCACCUCCGUCGAUAGAGAUGACAUUUCUGAUGGAGGGGCGGAGCACUUUGCUAAGACCGUCUCCAACCUGAAGGAGAGGGACUCCCGCAUCCUGGUGGAAUGUCUGACCCCUGAUUUUCGCGGUGACCUGGCAGCAGUGGAGAAGAUCGCCCUGUCAGGGUUAGAUGUGUAUGCCCACAAUGUGGAGACCGUGCGAGAGCUGCAAAGGUUCGUGCGUGACCCCAGAGCGAACAUCGACCAGUCUCUGAGUGUCCUGAGGCACGCUAAGAAGGUGAAACCCUCUGUGCUCACCAAGACAUCCAUCAUGCUGGGACUGGGCGAGACUGACCAACAGAUACACAACACCAUGACUGAGCUGCGAGAGGCAGAAGUGGACUGUCUCACACUGGGCCAGUACAUGCAGCCCACUAAACGCCACCUAAAGGUGGACGAAUAUGUGACUCCAGAGAAGUUUGCCCACUGGGAGAAGGUUGGGAAUGAGAUGGGCUUUGUUUACACUGCCAGCGGGCCACUGGUGCGAUCCUCCUACAAAGCAGGCGAGUUCUUUCUGAAGAAUCUACUGAAAAAGAGAAACACAGAUAUCGCCAUCGGAGAAUGAAAACCACCAAACCAGCAGCUGCUAGAGGCUUGACCCCUUAGUCCCUAC